ACAUUUACUCGACAUUGGAGCGAUUUCAUCAUUCUGGUCUUCUCGCAUUACGGGCUGUCCAUGCUUGUUCUUCUACGCGGGGCUGCUGCAUCCGCACUGCUGAGGACCACCGGCCACAUUCCCUCCCUUUGCUCGGUGCUGCAGGCCCAGUCUAUACGAUUGGAUCACCUCCGGAACCGUCCCUUUUCCACGUCGGCCCGCCUUUGGAGGACGAACAAGAAGAAAAGCUUGUGGCAGCAGCUGGAAGAAGGACGAACAACCAUGGACGGCGACAUGGAGAAAAUCCUCGCUCCUUUGAGGCUAGCAGUCAAGGAACAGGGGGAUCUGGUGCGCCAGAUGAAGCAGGAUGGUGCUCCUGACGUGGACAUAACCAAAGCGGUGGCUGAACUCAAAGCAAGAAAGCGGAAUCUGGAGGCCAAGGAGCUGGCGUUACAACCCAAAGACGACAUUGUUGACAGAACCAAGAUGGAAGACACCUUAAAGAGGCGUUUCUUUUAUGAUCAGGCUUUUGCUAUUUACGGAGGGGUGAGCGGCCUCUAUGACUUUGGGCCGGUGGGUUGCGCUUUGAAGAACAACAUCUUGCAGGCGUGGAGGCAGCACUUUAUCCAAGAGGAACAGAUCCUGGAGAUCGAUUGCACCAUGCUAACUCCAGAGCCCGUCCUUAAGACAUCAGGGCAUGUAGACAAGUUUGCUGACUACAUGGUGAAAGAUGUCAAGAAUGGCGAAUGCUUCAGGGCGGAUCACCUACUCAAAGCGCAUCUCCAGAAGAUGAUGGCUGACAAGAAGUGUACUGCAGAGAAAAAGGCAGAGAUGGAGAAUGUCAUCACACAGAUGGACAACUACACCCAGCAAGAGUUAACCGACCUUUUUGUCAAGUGCAACGUCAAGUCCCCCACCACAGGAAAUGACCUCACGCCUCCCAUCUCCUUUAACCUCAUGUUCCAGACCUCCAUCGGGCCAGGGGGAAACAUGCCAGGCUACCUGAGGCCUGAAACAGCUCAGGGAAUCUUCCUCAACUUCAAGCGACUGUUGGAGUUCAACCAGGGAAAACUCCCCUUCGCUGCUGCUCAGAUAGGAAACUCUUUCAGGAAUGAAAUCUCGCCUCGCUCCGGACUCAUCCGCGUCAGAGAGUUCACCAUGGCUGAGAUCGAGCACUUUGUGGACCCCAGUGAGAAAGUCCACCCCAAGUUCUCCAAUGUGGCCGACCUGGAGAUUCUUUUGUACUCCUCCAGGGCUCAGACCAGCGGCCAAUCUGCACAUAUCAUGAGGCUUGGAGAUGCUGUGGAGCAGGGUGUGGUCAACAACUCCGUCCUGGGGUAUUUCAUCGGUAGGAUCUACCUCUAUCUCACCAAAGUGGGAAUAGCCAAAGACAAGCUGCGUUUCCGCCAGCACAUGGACAACGAGAUGGCCCACUAUGCAUGCGACUGUUGGGAUGCCGAAACCAAAACAUCUUACGGUUGGAUUGAGAUUGUGGGGUGCGCUGACCGCUCCUGUUUUGACCUGAAAUGUCACGCCCAAGCCACCAAGGUGCCCCUGGUUGCCGAAAAGCCACUUAAAGAACCCAAAGUCGUAAACGUAGUCCAGUUUGAGCCCAACAAAGGAGUCAUCGGCAAGGCUUACAAAAAGGAUGCCAAGAUUGCCAUGGAGUACCUGGCUUCAUGCGAUGAGUGUUUCAUUGCAGAAAAGGAGCAACUUCUCAAUGAGACUGGAGAGUUCACCAUCGAGGUGGAGGGAAAGACAUUCAAACUGACCAAAGACAUGGUGGCCGUGAAGCGAUUCCAGAAGACACUACAUGUGGAGGAAGUGGUCCCGAAUGUCAUCGAGCCUUCGUUCGGUAUCGGUAGAAUCAUGUACACCAUCUUUGAGCACACCUUCCAUGUCAGAGAGGGCGACGAACAAAGGACUUUCUUCAGCUUCCCUGCGACUGUUGCACCAUACAAAUGUUCAAUUCUGCCUUUGAGUCAAAACCAAGAGUUUGUGCCAUUCGUGAAGCAGCUUUCCGAGGCCAUGACCAGAAAUGGUGUCUCCCACAAGGUGGAUGACUCCGCAGGGUCCAUCGGGAGACGAUACGCCCGGACGGAUGAGAUCGGUGUGGCGUUUGGCAUCACCAUUGAUUUCGACACAGUCAACAAGACGCCUCACACCGCUACCCUCAGGGAUCGUGACUCUAUGCGGCAGAUCCGUGCCGAGGUGAACGAGCUGCCUGUGAUCAUUCGGGAUUUGGCCAACGGUACGCUGACCUGGGCAGAUGUGGAAACAAAGUAUCCCACCUUUGAAGGACAGGAGACCAGCAAGAGGGACGCAGUUGAGGAGUGAAGCAUACUCUUCUGCCCGAUGUAGGAAGAAAGAAAAAAAAUCCACAGACUUCUGUUGCAUUUGCAUCACCCAGGAAGAUCAUCACUCAGCUUGUAUUGAUCACGUCCACAAGGAGGAACAGCAUUUGGACCAUGUAUGAACACCACGUCUUAUGUGUUUCUAAAAAGGGAGAAACUGUUAUCCGGUUGUCUUCGACUGAAGGAAGAUGCCGCUAUUCAACUUUUCCGGCCGACCAGAUAUAUAUCUAGCGCUCAAUAAAAAACCGCCAGCACUUACUGGACAUGUGCAUACCACUUUCAAAAGGUUCUCUCCUUUUACAGUGUUAAUAGCAAAUAAUCCCAAGAUAAUAUGUAAAUUCUAGCAAGUUUUGGAAUGUCUGAGGAAACCGGAGUAUCUUAAACAACAUGCAAACCCUGUGUAAUGGCCAGAGCAGUGAUUUGCAGUAAUAAGAACAAUGAGACUUCGAGGCAAAUCGACUGACCACUAAUUUUGUUGUGCUGCCCACAAAAACGUAAAUACAAUACAGUUUAUCUUGAA